UGACUAAGAACAAAAGGCGCAUUUUAAUUACAAGUAGAAAUAUACAUCACAAGGCCAAGAUCGGUUGACAUUUUGUUUUCUUAACGAUGACUUUCUUCCUGAAACGUAUUUACAAGAAUGAUUUCUUGUUUAAGAUAUUAAUAUUAUGUUAAUUUUAAAAUUAGAUUUGUGCUCUAGUCCUCGAGCUACAAAAACAACAAUUACGCAGAGAAACUAACCCUCUUGAUAUAUUUUGCAGUCCUUGCAUUUCUUUUACACUUUUGAACAAUUUUUUCUGAGUAAUUAAUUCUUAUUCUCUCAGGUCUAUAAAAUAUUCACAUUACGUAACAACCUUAUAUAGUCAUUUUGUUGGAAUACUUUAUUGGUUCUUAUCUCGACGUCAUCUAAGUGUUGACAUACGGAUUAAAAACCCUUUACUUUGCCCUUUAAAUUAUUCACAACUUAAAACAGCUUCACCAUUUUAGAAAUAUCGAAUUACAAAAGAGUAAAGAUCAUUUUCAUUUGGACGAGCAGCGGAAAGUUCUUUACAAGGCGUCUAUGCAAGAUGUGCUUGACAACUUUAGGCACAGAUAAUCACUGAAGAUUUGGCACCUUGAUGCUGAUUUUUAACAAUCCCAUGUAGGGCACUAUAUGGAACAUUGCUUUUCUUGCCUUCAAAGCGUGAAGCAAUGUCGGAAGAUAUAACGUCCUUAAGCGAGGAAUUGAAGCACCGAAAGCAAGCGUUGGUUAUUUGUGAAGCAUUUUUCUAUUUUCUUACUAUUUUGGUGGCGGUAAUUGGCAAUUCCUGUGUCCUCUUAGCGGUGUACAGGAACAGGAGACUGCGAACAAUUCCCAACUAUUAUAUUGCAUCUCUGGCCAUUUCCGACAUCCUUCUACCAUUGCUGUGUGCACCGUACUCUGCAACAGUUGUUAUCAUCGGUUAUUGGCCAUUCAGCCAUAAUGCUUGUCAAGCACAGGGCUUUUUUGUGAUAAUCCUUGCUUGCGCGUCGUUGCUGAUUUUGACACUGACUGCGAUAAAUCGAUUUUACCGAAUGGUGCGAACAAAACAUUAUCGGAGAAUUUUUACGAAAACGAAAACCAUAGUCAUGAUAGUUUUCUGUUUCGGUUUAGCUUGUAUGGAACCAUUACCGUAUUUGCUCUCGGGAAGAUACUAUGUCUUUCACCCCGGCAAGUUGUUUUGCUUUCAGACGAGCGAAAUUUCCAUUCCAAAUUUUCUCGUCUAUGGCUAUGUCGGCUUGCCAACGUUUACCUUGUCUAUAUGCUAUGUUCUUGUCUUCAAACGAAUGCGAAUUCAUCAGCGAACCGUCCAAAAUUUACGUUCGUCUUCUUUGGCCGAGGAAAACAUUACUCACGCAGACGUAAAGGCUACAAAGAUCUUAUUUGUGACUGUGAUGGGAUUUUUGGCCUGCUGGACACCGAUUUCUGCCAUAGACUUUGUUGACACUUUCCGAGGGGAAGUUACCUUUCCAAGGGAGGUCUAUGUUUUGUAUUUCAUUCUAGGAAAUCUCUCAGGAGCAAUAAACCCGUUUGUCUAUGGAGUGUUGAAUAGGAAUUUCAGGCAAGAAUAUAGAAAGAUCUUUAUGCUGAGAAAAAGGAACUCAAGAGUACAACGUCUUCAACUGGAUUUCACAGAUCAUUCAGUUCAGAAUCGACGAUACAAAGAAUCCACCAUCUGCUGAAUCAUCUCUUUUUGGACCGUUUCACCGCAGGCUUAAAAUACUGAAAUAAUCCUAAAUUUUUGUCAAAAUUAAUUGAAACCUUUAGUAUUUUUUUCGCUGCGAUUGAUGGCACAAGGUAGCACUAAGCUGUCUAAAUACACGAUUUUUUUAGAUUUCAACGAAUGUCAAUAACUCCACGAGUGAACUAAUAAAAAAAGACAAGUGAAAGACAAAAACGUCGAUAUUCAAUCAGUUUCCUUUAUUUCGUUGAACCCGUCAAUAGUAUUUAGUUUGCUUCACUCUUUCCAAAAGUAUUUUUAGAUUCAAUACAGGUCAUUAAUGUUACCGCACCCUUAUUAAUUUUUUUUUGGCUUAAC